UGAGUAAAGAAAUGUACCUCCCCGACUUAUUGUCACACACUUGGAUCUCAUGUGUUUCACACUGAAACCAGCUUUAAGCUCAGUGUGUAGCCUACCCUCCUGUCGCUACCAGCCGCUGUAAUGCGGCAGUAACUUUAGUUAUGAGUGUGUACAGUCGUGUCGGAAUGGAUGCAGACAGUCACAGUAACAGUUAGGUAAGCAGAGUGUCGACAGGUGACCAACUAAAGAAAACGGUACAACACAUACGGAAUUUCUAUCGCUUCCUCCGGUUUGACCUCACCCGUCUAGCCGCUUCUGCUCUGGGGUUUACCUGCUUCUCCUGCUCCUCGCUGGACUCUUCGGUGUUCACCUCGGCUGAAAAAUGGAGGAAAAAACGGAUAUUCCCAAUGAGCUGCUCGAGAGUGUGCGGGAGGCGGUGGGUCGGAGGGUGAAGCUGACUCUGAGGCGCAGAGUCCAGCUGGAGGUCAAAGGUGACAAGGUGGAGAACAGAGUGUUGGCCCUGGCAUCACAUCGAGCCUAUCUAUUGACAGCACGGGUCCCCUCCAAGGUUGAACACUCCUUCAGCUUCCUGGAUAUCCAGGGAAUCAGCAGCAACAAGCCCACUCAGCUGCUGUUGGAGUACGAGCGCGGUCCAUGGAAUCUCCGGCUGGGCUCGGCGGAGGAAGUGGACGAGGUGAUCGCUCACAUUGGUAGCUGUGUUCACCGGAUCUGUCCCACUGGCUCACCUGUAAAGUUGAUGAGGAAGUUGAGUCUGAAGCCUCCAGAGAGAACAGCGGCCCUCCAGGCCUUGUGGGAUGAACAGGGCUCAGCAGAUCUGGGACCCUGCGGUGGUUUUUCUCAUCAGUACUGGUGUGUGUGUGAUCACCUGGGUCUGCCGUACAGAGAGGAGGUCCAAUGGGAUGUGGACACUAUCUAUCUCACUCAGGACACCAGAGAGCUCAACCUGCAGGAUUUCAUCCAUCUGGAGAACAGGGAUCUGGUGGCAAUCAUCGCAGCUCUAGAGUACAACCAGUGGUUCACUAAACUCUCUGCCAAAGACUACAAACUGUCGACCGAUGUGUGCGAGCAGAUCUUCAGAGUGGUGGCUCGAUCCAGCCGGCUGGAGGAGCUGGUCCUGGACAACGCUGGACUGAGAAGUGAUUUUGCUCAGAAAAUGGCCAGCGCUCUGUCACACAACCCCGCCUCCACACUGCACACACUCAACCUGAGCAACAACUCAUUGGAGGACAAAGGUGUUUCUGCUCUGAGUGCUCAACUCGCCAAACUGCCAAUGGGCCUCAAGUCCCUGAACCUCUCCAGGACCUCCAUGUCUCCUAAAGGAGUGAACAGCCUCUGUCAGGCGCUCUGUAACAACCCAGUCAUCACCUCCACCCUCGCACACCUCGACCUGUCAGGAAACUCGCUCAGAGGCGACGACCUGCUGAACCUGCACAGCUUCCUGAGUCACCCAAACUGCCUGGAGACUCUGGAUCUGUCCAACAGUGACUGCUCUCUGGAGCAGGUGUGUUCGUCGUUGCUCAGAGGAUCGUUGAAGCAUCUUUCUGUCCUUAACAUGUCAAAGUCCGUCUUCUCUCACAGGAAGUGUAAAGAAAUCCCAUCGUCCUUUAAGCAGUUCUUCAGCAGCGCUCAGGCCCUGAGCUCAGUCAGUCUGUCAGGGACCAGGCUGCCUCUGGAGGCUCUCAAAGCGUUGCUGUUGGGGCUCGGCUGCAACCCAAACCUCAGUGACGUGUCUCUGGAUCUCAGCUGCUGUGAGCUGCGUUCGGGAGGCUCUCAGAUCCUGGAGGGUUGUGUGGCUGAGAUUCCCAACAUCACCAGUCUGGAUAUUUCUGACAAUGGUCUGGACAUGGAUCUGACCACGCUGCUGGUCUGGCUGGCCAAGAACCGCUCCAUCAGACACCUCUCACUGGGCAAAAACUUCAACAACAUCAAGUCCAAAAAUGUGUCUCAGGUCCUGGACAACCUGGUUCACAUGAUUCAAGAGGAGGAAUCACCACUGACCUCGCUGUCCCUGGCUGAUUCCAAGCUAAAGGCCGACCUCUCCAUCAUCCUCAAUGCACUGGGCAGCAACACGUCUCUGACCAAAUUGGACAUCAGUGGGAACGCCAUGGGAGACAUGGGGGCCAAGAUGCUGGCUAAAGCCCUGCAGAUCAACACCAAACUCAGGACAGUUGUGUGGGACAGAAACAACAUCAGUCCUCAAGGUCUACAAGACAUCGCUGCUGCUUUGGAGAAGAACUACACCAUCCGUUUCAUGCCUGUUCCCAUCAUGGAUGCUGCUCAGGCCCUGAAGGCGAGCCCAGAGAAGACAGAGGAUGCCUUACUAAAGAUGGAGCAGUACCUGCUGAGGAACCAUGAGACACGUAAAUACCUGCAGGAGCAGGCGUACAGGCUGCAGCAGGGAAUAGUCACCACCACCACACAGCAGAUGAUGGACAUGAUGUGUGUGAAGGUGCAGGACCACCUGAACUCUCUGAAGUUCACAGAGACCAACUCAGUGCAGGAGGACAUGAAGGUGGCAGAGAACUUCAUGAAAGACGCCAGGAACUCUAAGACACUGCUCCCCAACCUUUACCACCUGAAGAGCAGUGGGUCCAGUGGAGCAUGUGUUGGAGCCAUUCAGGACAAACUGGAGUCGAUGGCUGGAGAGGUGGCCCGUGUGAUGGACGAACAGCUGCAGACAAUGCUGGUAUCCAUGGUAGACACCGCUGAGGGUCUGUGUCCUCAUGUGAUGAAGAGGAGCAGCCUUCGUCAGGAGCUGCUGAAGGCCGGAGCAGGGAGGAUGACCAUCCCUCGCUGCUUCAUCACCACCACACUGCUGGAGCAGUCGGGGGUUGACAUCAUCAACAAGAUCAGUGAAGUGAAGCUGAGCAUGGCCUCAUUUCUGUCUGAUCGCAUUGUGGAUGAGAUCCUGGAGUCUCUGUCCAGAUCACAGCACACUCUGGGUGACCAUCUGAUCAGGAAGAGUCAGCCUCUGCUGCAUCAUGAACCCCAGAUGGAGACGGAGGUUUUGAAUGAGAUGGUUCUGCAGCCAGAGAAAACGGAACAGAAACAAAGCCAUGACCAGGAGCAGAAACAUGGGCUGGAGCACAUGGACACCUGCAUUAUGACUCCUAAAUCCAAGAGGAAGAGUAUUCUGGUCAGGAUGCUGCGCCCUGUCUCUGUGGCAUUUGAGAUGGAGUUUGACCUGGACAAGGCUCUGGAGGAGGUUCCUAUCCAUGUUGAGGACCCUCCUCUUCCUCCUCCUCCUCAUCCUCCACAGUCAGUGGACAGAAUGUCAACCUACUGCGGAGACCUCCCUCCUCCUCCUACCCCACUGAAUACAAAGUCCAUCUGUUUGAGCGAGCUGCCGCCUGUGGAGCACAAGGUGCUGGAGCAUCACACCAAACUCCGCCCGAAACCAAAGAAGAGGACAAAACCCAGCCGACCUCGUAAGACCACCAGCAGCUCAGCGCCACAAGAGGUAGAGCAGAACAGCAUCAUGGGAAAGCUGGACGAGGGCCUGGAUGACUUCUUCUCCAAGAAAGUCAUUAAACUCAGCUUCAAACUUCCCUCAGUGAGAAGUCCAUCCUCCAGUCCGCAGGAAGGAGCAGAUAAGAAACGUGAAUCCAGGAAGAGCGGUUUCUUCAACCCCUUCAAAUCCCGGACGUCCCGCUCAGAGAAGAGCCACGGACCCGCCUCCAUCACUCCACCCCAACCUGCUCCCUCCACCACUGCAUCACCCUCUCCCUCUAUUACACCAGUGACUGAGGAAACAACGCCGACAUCAGUCACUCCGCCCCCAAAAAGCCCUGGCACUGUGGCGGAGCCUCAUCAGGAGCUCCUCGGGGCUCAAUCAUUCGACCACACAGAUUCUGAGGUGGAAGCUUCUCCGACCGUAGCUGAGCCUGCCGAGGAGGAAAAGGAGGAUGACAGGGUGGAGAAGGAGAAUGUGGAGAAUAAGGAGAACCAGGAGAAGAAGGAGAACCCCCACAUUCUCCGCCAUAUUGGGGUCCCUGUGAUGGGCAUGGACCUGAUGGCUGAGAUGAAGGCCAGACAGGAGAGGAUGGCUGUAAGGAAGUCUGAGUCAUUACUGGACAAAGAGGAAGAAGAUAAAGCCAAGUCAGACGUCCAUCCUACUGUGCCCUCCUGUGAAGAGUCCAGACCAGAGCCGACUCCUAGGUCAAAACCUCCCAGCGUCACCCCGAAACCUCCUCCACCCCAGGCCACCAAACCCCCACUGGGGCCCCGCACCUCUGGGCCCCUCAGUCCUGCCAGUCCAACCAGUCCGACCAGUCCCAGGCCGAACAGCACCUACAUCUUUGAUGACUCUGCUGAGGCACCAGCAGGAAGCUCAUCUGCCAAAGCACCACUUCCUGCUCCUCGCCUGAAGAGGGUGCCAUCAGAGCAGGAGCAAGACAGCACCAGCAGCAACCCUGCAGGACCCCUGUCUCCACUAGACGUUGAGCUUCUGGGGGAUGGUGAUGCAUUCGAGCCACCCAGUCCGAUGGUUGAAGCGGGCCUCGGUGGCAGACAGUGGUCGUCUCUAAAGAGUUCAGCCAGUCCUCCUACUGCAACGGAGGACAGCCGAGAGCGAGCCAAGUCCCUCCCUGCAAACGUGAAUCCUCCAUCUGUGGCAUGCACAGAUCUCAGUCCAGCUGAGGAGGACCUUCCAUCUCCAGCCACUCUCAAGUCUGAUAACAAAUCAGAGGAUGAGUCCGAUGACGCCCUUCCAGCCUGAUGAUGUUAACAGUCUCGAAAUCCUGCUCCACUGUCGACCAGGAGCUCAAUCACAUACAGACAGUCAAAGUCAGAGACAGUGGACAAUGAUUUAAUCAUAUAUUUACAAUUCCAGGGGAGGCACAUAUAAAGGGGGCAUUUCAGUAUUUUGCACGUCCUGCUGUUAUCAGAGAAGUUUCCUAACUUCGGAUCAGUCCAGGCUGUCAGGCCAAACGGACAAAACAACAGCUCCAUUACUGUCUCUGUCAACAUCUCUAAUAGGACUAUAAAGAGCUGAGCAGAUGGGUUUUAUCUGCUGCAGAGACAAUCUGCAGUUGUUUAGCUAACCAGGUCCAGCUAUAAAAAGCUCAGUUAGUCCAAAGCACUGAGGAGAAGGAGUCUGACUGUCUGAACAGGUCCAGACUGAAGCAGUUUGGUUUUACUGUAUUUCUGUUCUGCAGGUAAACUGUUGGUGGUAAGUCAGCAGAUGAGACUCGAAAUAUGAACAAGUCCCAAAGAUUCUUUUGUACCCUGCAGACAUUCACUCCUUUUCUUAAAACAGUAAACUGUUAGAAAUGUUAGAAAAUGCCCAAAUUAGGAGCAGCUGGAAGAGAAACAACAAGAAAGUGUCAAAAACCAAAGAAUAUUUACUCUCUGCUGCUAGAGCCAAAGAUUAAAUCUUUUUUUUUUUAAUAUCUUAAAAGCUCAAAGUGACGUUGAGUCUUAUUCAACUUUAAACAAAUGAGUCAGUUUUUUGUUUUACCAGAACCGUAUUUUAAUUUUAGUAGAACGUCCAUCUUGUUCAUGACUGCUAAUGAUGCUUAUGAUGCCAACUUGACUGGUGAAAAAUUGCUGAAGGUUUUAUUUAAUACCAAGGACUGUGGCAAAUUGGCUGUAUGUAGAAAAAAAAAUCCUCCUAUCCUAAAAAGCCAUAUCUUGGAUGUUAUUAUAUAUAAUUGCAGGAUUUAUUUGUAACAUUCUUUGUGUCAUCUUUGUCGAGUUGCCUCUUAAGCAGCUUUUAAAUCCCACCUCAAGGUCAUCAUCAGUGAAUUAAGUUUGCUCAGUUGUCCUAAUAAUGACCUGAUAUACAGUAAACAUAUCUAUAUAAAACCACCUAUUAUGUAGCAAACACCAGUCUGCAUCUGCUGAAGAUGAUGAUUGCAGAGGUGGCUGAAAGCUCAGGAAAAAGCAAGGAAUGCUCAGUUCAGACCAAAGAUUCGCAACAAGACGAACUGAAACAGUGAUUUGCAAUGCACCAUUUUGCAACGUUUGAAAAACUUUCCAGUUCACACCAGUGCAACUAGAUGAGAUGGUGUAUUAUCUCUAUGCAGCGACUCUCUGUACUUUAGUUCUGAUUUGCAGCUUUUCAGGCUUAGUUUGUGGUUGAAUUUAAUUUGUAGCUUCUUAAAAUAUGAAUGAGGACAUUGAUAGUGAGACACUGGCAUUUGUAGUAGUGAUGAAACGGCGAAAAACAGAAUCAAAACCAGCAUCAGAUGGACUGUAUUUAUAAUAAAUACACCACAAUAAUAUGAAUAAACAGCGCCAAUGAAUCAGUCAGUGAGAAUGUGUGUAUGUGAGGGGGCAUAAGCACAUACAGCGAACAGCAGUAGCGACCCACCGUCUGACACCGGCACAUGAUGAGGACCGAAACCGAGGGCUCAGCAGGGACGGAGCACCUGUCGCAGCAAGCAAACACCUUGUCUGCUGUCAUUGUGACUUGACCAGCGGACUUCACUACAAGCUGACUGGCUGUUGAAACAGAUGACUUUCUCUAAAACCAGCUGCCGGCGAUUUGACCAGCCAGCUUGAUUCAAGCUCAGACUGGCCAGCUCACACUGCUAAAACUUUUCUCAGCAAUGUUGUAAAGCAGUUUUGUCUCGUCGCAAAUCUUUGGUCUGAACUUGGCUUAACUUAAGAUUAUUUUGUCAAACUACUAUUUCCAAAACAAAGAAGCUUAAAAACAAAGUAUAGUAUCAGUUCUACAGACAUUUCACACUGUAAGGAAUAUUUAACUGAGAUUUUUACAGUGAAAAUUCAGAGCUGCAGAAAAACAACUCUUCUGGUUGAGUUAAUGCUGCGUUCAUAUCAUGUCAGAGUUACCAUGAUUUGUAAAUACAGUUCCUGACGUGUAAAUACUGUUCAUGUCAACAUCCAAGUUCACAAAAAAGUCAGGAGAAUUUUCUGAGAGAUCCCAUAUAAGGCUGGGUGAUAUGGAGAAAAUCAAAUAUGACAUUUUUGACUAAAUACCUUGAUGUAGAGAUGAUACUGCAGGGUUGACUAUUGGUUUUUUAACAAAAUAUUUACAUAAUGAGAUUUUUGAUAAACAAUCAGUAAUGUGGAUAUAAUAUCUCAGUUGGUAAAUGUAGCUAGAACAUUCCAAUGCAAUCACACAAAAAUAUGUUGGCAUUGUACGUUUCUGCAAACUACAGAUACAGUCAGGUCCAUAAUUAUUUGGACAAUGAUACAGUUGUCAUCAUUUUGGCUCUGUACACCACCACAAUGGGUUUUAAAUGAAACAAUGAAUACCUGCUUAAAGUGCAGACUCUCAGCUUUCAUUUAAGGCUUUUUUCAAAAAUGUAGUAUGAACCGUGUAGGAAUGACAACCAUUUCUUCACACAGUCCCCCAACUUUAAGGGCUCAUAAGUAUUUGGACAAACUAACAUAAUCAUCAAUUAAACAGUCAGUUUUAAUACUUGGUUGCAAAUCCUUUACAGUCAAUGACUGCCUGAAGUGUUGGACACAUAGACAUCACCAGAUGCUGGGUUUCUUCCCUGGUGAUGCUCUGCCAGCCCUUUACUGCAGCCGUCUGCACUUCCUGCUUGUGUUUUGGGUGUUUUGCCCUCAGUUUUGGCUUCAGCAAGAGAAACGCAUGCUCAGUUGGAUUCAGGUCAGAUGAUAUGACUUGGCCAUUGCAGAACAUUCCACUUCUUUGCCUUAAAAAUGUCUUUGGUUGCUUUUGCAGUAUGCUUCAGGUCAAUGUCCAUCUGCACUGUGAAGCAUCGUCCAAUGAGUUUUGAAGCAUUUAGUUGAAUCUGAGCAGAUAAUGGUGCCCCAAACACUUCAGCUUUCAUCCUGCUGCUCUUCUAAGCAGUCACAUCAUCAAUAAAUACAAGAGAACCAGUUCCACUGGCAGCCAUACAUGGCCAUGACAUAACAGUACCUCCACCAUGCUUCACUGAUGAGGUGGUGUGCUUUGGAUCAUGAGCAGUUCCUUCCCUUCUUCCUUCUCUUGUCUUCCCAUCAUUCUGGUAGUUGAUCUUUGUUUUAUCUGUCCAUAGUAUGCUGUUCCACAACUGUA